CAUGCGCGCGGUCGCCUCCUCCUCGGGAGUUUGGGGCGUUUCGGUCGCGGACUGUGGCCGGGCCGCGGAGCGUCGGGGCAGGAGGAGGGAGCCCGGAGGCCGGGAAUGGAGUUGGUGUCAUUUGAAGACAUAGCUGUGGACUUCACCUGGGAAGAGUGGCAGGACCUGGACGUUGUUCAACGAAACCUCUAUAGGGAUGUGAUGCUGGAGAACUACACCAGCCUGAUGUCCUUGGGGAACUGUAUUACCAAACCUGAUUUGAUCUUUAAGUUGGAGCAUGGACUUGCACCAUGGAGUUCACAUCUCGCUGUGCAUCAGAGAAUUCACACAGGUGAAAAGCCAUAUGAAUGUACUGCAUGUGAAAAAGCUUUCAUUACCAAAUCAGAUCUUAAUAAGCAUCAGAAAACUCACACUGGUGCAAAGCCUUAUGAAUGUACUCUAUGUAGUAAAGUUUUCAUCUUCAAGUCACAGCUCACUGUGCAUCAGAGAACUCACACCGGUGAGAAGCCAUAUGAAUGUAAUGAAUGUGGUAAAGCUUUCAUCUUCAAUUCACAGCUCACUGUGCAUCAGAGAACUCACACAGGUGAAAAGCCAUAUGAAUGUACUGCAUGUGGUAAAGCCUUCAUCUCCAAGUCACAUCUCGCUAUGCAUCAGAGAACUCACACCGGUGAGAAGCCAUAUGAAUGUAAAGAAUGUGGUAAAGCUUUCAUCUCCAAGUCACAUCUCGCUGUGCAUCAGAGAACUCACACAGGUGAAAAGCCAUAUGAAUGUACUGCAUGUGAAAAAGCUUUCAUUACCAAAGCAGAUUUUAAUAAGCAUCAGAAAACUCAUAUUUGUGCAAAGCCUUAUGAAUGUACUGUAUGUAGUAAAGCUUUCAUCUGGAAGUCACAGCUCACUGUGCAUCAGAGAACUCACACCGGUGAGAAGCCAUAUGAAUGUAAAGAAUGUGGUAAAGCUUUCAUCUGGAAGUCACAUCUCGCUGUGCAUCAGAGAAUUCACACAGGUGAAAAGCCAUAUGAAUGUACUGCAUGUGAAAAAGCUUUCAUUACCAAAUCAAAUCUUAAUAAGCAUCAGAAAACUCACACUGGUGCAAAGCCUUAUGAAUGUACUCUAUGUAGUAAAGUUUUCAUCUUCAAGUCACAGCUCACUGUGCAUCAGAGAACUCACACCGGUGAGAAGCCAUAUGAAUGUAAUGAAUGUGGUAAAGCUUUCAUCUUCAAUUCACAGCUCACUGUGCAUCAGAGAAUUCACACAGGUGAAAAGCCAUAUCAAUGUACUCUAUGUGGUAAAGCUUACAUCUGCAAGUCACGUCUCACUGCGCAUCAGAGAACUCACACAGGUGAAAAGCCUUAUGAAUGCAGUGCAUGUGGGAAAGGGUUUAUGUCCAAGUCAAAACUCACUGUACAUCAGAGAACUCACACAGGUGUAAAGCCGUAUGAUUGUACUGAAUGUGGGAAGUCAUUUAUUACCAAGUCUAAUCUUAAUAAACAUCAGAGAACUCACACAGGUCAGAACCCAUGUGAAUAUACUUCAUGUGGGGAAGCUUUCAUUACCUAG